AUGGAACCCAACAACAAUCAGCCUGCUGCGGCCACGGCCGAGGCAGCUGCAGGCAGCGGCCCCGGCGGAGAAGGGCGGAAGGGCAAGGCGCCCAAGGGCGGGCCCGAGAACGGCAAGUUCCGGUACCGCGGCGUGCGGCAGCGGAGCUGGGGCAAGUGGGUGGCUGAGAUCCGCGAGCCGAGGAAGCGCUCCCGCAAGUGGCUCGGUACCUUCGCCACCGCCGAGGACGCCGCGCGCGCCUACGACCGCGCCGCGCUCCUCCUCUACGGCCCCCGCGCGCACCUCAACCUCACCUCCCCGCCGCCGCCUACACUCGCCGCGCCGCGCUCGCACCCGCACUCAUCCGUGACGUCGUCGUCUGCCCCGCCAGCGCUCCGCCCGCUCCUGCCGCGCCCGCCGCUGCACCAGCUCUCCAGCGGCGCCUGUGCUCCUGCACCGGAUUUCCACCACCACCAGUUCCAGUACCACCACCUCUUGCCGCAGCCGCAGCCGACACCGCCGCUAUACUACGCCAACACGGCCACGGCGGCCACGGUGACCACCACGGUACCGACACGGGUGGCGGUUCCGCAGGAGCCGGCCGUCGCGCCCGCAGUAGGCUCAUCGACGUCACUAGUGGAGCCGCAGGCGGGUACGCCGGAGGAGGCGCCCGGGGAGGCAGGGUGGGACUACCACGGCGGCGAAGAGGAGGACUACGCGGUGGCGCUGCUGUGGGACGAGCCAGAGCCCUUCUUCUGGUUUGAUGUCUUCCUCAAGUGA